UCCUAGCUUGCUUGCCGACCAUAAAAAGAGAGAGGGUCUCGCUGUUUCUAUCUUCCUCUUCUUCUUUCUCUCUCCAUUCAUCGUACUCUCAGACGGCGAAGGAGCUUUACCCUUUCACUGGGGUUCAGGUGAGGUGAUUCUAUUUUCUGACUAAAGCUGCGAGCUCUUUCCGCUGUUUCCUUUUCCGCGGUUCUUUCUGGUUUGGAUGUGCAAAUGAAAUUAGGGAUUUUGAGUUAAAUGUCGAUGAUUCUAAUUGUAACAGGUUGACGUUGGAUUCUCGAUGUAUUAGGGUCUGCUGAUUCUUCGUAUUCUUGAAUUGUGGGUAGUAUGUGGAUAUGUUAUCCAGAUAGGGAUUCCUAGCUGCUGUUGGUGUUUGACUUUUUGUUCUUCUCUUUCUCGGUCAAAGAGUCUCGGUAUAGACGUUGGUCUUCUAGAGCUAAUCGGAGGCUGCUGCUCCUGAUGCAAUUAUUUUUGUUUCGUCUUCUAAGCUGUUAUCGCUGAGUUGGGUUCUGUUUCGUAGCUCGAGUUUGAAUUGUUUGGUGGUGUCUUGGCUUGAGGCGUUAAUUUUGUUAGCUGGAUUUCAGUAAUUGUUCAAGUUCAAGUAUUGUUCCUGAAAUGUCUUUAUGAUUGAUGCCAUCAAGUGAAUAGCUGAAUUCAUUUCUGGAUUUGCCUUUUUUAUAUGAAUGAACAAGCUUGACACUUUUGGUAAAAUCCAUCUUUUGUUUGAUGUAUAUACUAUAUCGGUUGGCCUGCUUGUGUAUGUAGCAAUCUCUAAUAAGUACUGUAAACCAGUUUUGGUCUCAAAUUCGAUCGUAACUUUACUAUGUCGUUUGUUCUGAUGGCGUUGUGUUUCCAAUCUUGAACUAACCUGCCGUCUCUUUUUAUCAUUAUGAAUUGCAGGUCUUCUAGCUGUAAAAUGACGACAGUUCUAGCUCGUCCUUCUCUGGCUCCUCCCUCGAAGGGAAUCCAGUCUCAUGGUUCUGAAAAAUCAAGGAGGACUGCUGUCAAGAUGAUGUCUCGGUCGCAAGCACCUGUAUGCACAUUGACAGGUUUCUCAGGAUUGCGGAGCUACAACUGCUUAGACGCAACGGUGAAAUCUGGACAAGAUUUUCAUUCCAGAGUUGCUAUCACUAUGUCUCCUAAGCAGAAGAGAGGUAAAAAAUUUGCAGCUAGAGCCAUGUUUGAGCGGUUCACAGAAAAAGCUAUAAAAGUUAUCAUGCUUGCCCAAGAGGAGGCGAGACGGCUUGGCCACAACUUUGUUGGCACAGAGCAAAUCUUAUUAGGUCUUAUUGGUGAGGGCACUGGAAUUGCUGCAAAGGUCCUUAAAUCUAUGGGAAUCAAUCUUAAAGAUGCUCGUGUGGAAGUGGAGAAAAUCAUUGGACGAGGUAGUGGAUUUGUUGCUGUGGAGAUCCCAUUCACUCCUCGGGCAAAGCGUGUUUUAGAAUUGUCACUUGAAGAAGCCCGCCAACUUGGUCAUAACUACAUUGGAUCUGAGCACUUGCUCUUGGGACUUCUUCGUGAAGGCGAGGGUGUUGCAGCCCGUGUACUUGAGAAUUUGGGUGCUGAUCCUAGUAACAUAAGAACACAGGUCAUUCGAAUGGUGGGUGAGAACAAUGAAGUUACCGCUAAUAUUGGGCCAAAUACCAGAGACACAAAGAUGCCAACUCUUGAGGAGUAUGGAACUAAUUUGACCAAGCUUGCAGAAGAGGGUAAAUUAGACCCCGUCGUUGGAAGGCAGCCACAAAUAGAGCGUGUCAUCCAAAUCUUGGGUCGGAGGACUAAGAAUAACCCUUGCCUAAUUGGAGAGCCAGGUGUUGGUAAAACAGCAAUUGCUGAGGGUCUUGCUCAACGAAUAGCAACUGGGGAUGUUCCUGAAACAAUUGAAGGAAAGAAGGUUAUUACUUUGGAUAUGGGUCUUCUUGUUGCUGGAACAAAAUACCGUGGUGAAUUUGAGGAAAGGCUCAAGAAGCUUAUGGAGGAAAUCAAGCAGAGUGAUGAAAUCAUUCUUUUCAUUGAUGAGGUGCAUACGUUAAUUGGUGCUGGGGCUGCAGAAGGGGCUAUCGAUGCUGCUAAUAUCUUGAAACCCGCUCUUGCUAGGGGUGAAUUACAGUGCAUUGGAGCUACAACACUUGAUGAGUACAGAAAGCAUAUUGAGAAGGACCCGGCUUUAGAAAGGCGAUUCCAGCCAGUCAAAGUACCUGAGCCUACGGUGGAUGAAACAAUCCAGAUAUUGAAAGGUCUACGUGAACGAUAUGAGAUCCACCAUAAGCUUCGGUACACUGACGAGUCUCUAGUUGCUGCUGCACAGCUAUCAUACCAGUAUAUCAGUGACCGUUUCUUGCCUGAUAAGGCAAUUGACUUGAUUGAUGAAGCUGGCUCUCGGGUUCGUCUUCGUCAUGCACAGGUCCCUGAGGAAGCUAAGGAGCUUGAGAAAGAGGUCAGACAGAUUAUAAAGGAGAAGGAUGAGGCUGUCCGCAAUCAAGACUUUGAAAAGGCUGGGGAAUUGCGUGACCGAGAAAUGGACCUAAAGGCACAGAUCUCAGCCAUAGUGGAGAAAGGUAAGGAAAUGAGCAAAGCUGAGACGGAAGCUGGGGAUGAAGGCCCCACUGUGAAUGAGUCAGACAUUCAGCACAUUGUCUCUUCAUGGACUGGAAUCCCUGUUGAGAAGGUGUCGACAGAUGAGUCUGAUCGCCUACUGAAGAUGGAAGAAACCUUGCACAAACGAGUCAUUGGUCAGGAUGAAGCUGUCAAGGCAAUCAGCCGUGCUAUUCGCAGGGCCCGAGUUGGUCUCAAGAACCCUAACAGGCCAAUUGCGAGCUUCAUCUUUUCCGGUCCAACUGGUGUUGGAAAGUCUGAACUGGCCAAAGCACUUGCUGCCUACUACUUUGGGUCAGAAGAAGCCAUGAUCAGGCUCGACAUGAGUGAGUUCAUGGAGAGACACACAGUCUCCAAGCUCAUUGGUUCGCCUCCCGGGUAUGUUGGAUACACGGAAGGUGGGCAGCUGACUGAAGCUGUUAGACGUCGCCCUUACACCGUGGUGCUCUUUGAUGAGAUUGAGAAAGCCCACCCUGAUGUCUUCAACAUGAUGCUUCAAAUCCUUGAAGAUGGAAGAUUGACAGAUAGCAAAGGUAGAACUGUGGACUUCAAGAACACCCUUUUGAUCAUGACUUCUAAUGUUGGCAGCAGCGUUAUCGAGAAGGGAGGAAGGAGGAUAGGGUUUGACCUUGAUUAUGAUGAGAAGGACAGCAGUUAUAACAGGAUCAAGAGUCUGGUGACUGAGGAACUGAAACAGUAUUUCAGGCCGGAAUUCUUGAACAGAUUGGAUGAGAUGAUUGUGUUCAGACAACUGACUAAGCUGGAGGUGAAGGACAUUGCUGAUAUCAUGUUGAGGGAGGUGUUUGAUCGGCUGAAGGGGAAAGAGAUCGAGCUUCAAGUGACUGAGAGGUUCAGAGAAAGAGUUGUGGAUGAAGGGUACAACCCUAGCUACGGAGCAAGACCUCUGAGGAGAGCAAUAAUGAGACUCCUGGAGGAUAGCAUGGCCGAGAAGAUGCUUGCAGGAGAGAUCAAAGAGGGUGACUCGGUUAUCGUGGAUGUCAACUCUGAGGGCAACGUUAUUGUUCUCAAUGGCAGCAGUGGCACCCCUGAUGCCUUGCCAGAUGUGUUGUCUGUUGCUUAGAGGCAGUUGUUUGCACUUAUGCCAAGGUGCUGUCAUGUAGCUUUGGUUGUUUGAAAAACUAUUUGUACUGGCUAGAACAGUAGAAACUUGGGGUCUGGCUGGCUGGUGGACAGGCUACUCGGCCAAGGGGAAGAUGGGGGCGCGAGGAUCGGAGGGUUCAAGUUCACAACACCAUGGAUGCUGAUCCAUAGGCUGGGAAUCGAUUGCUUCGUGGUGGAAAAUUAGGUAGCCUGCUGGUUUUAGCUAUAGCUCUCAUAGUGCAAGGAUGUAGUGAUGGAUAAGUUAUACAUUGGUACCCUUCCGAAUGCUCCUUUAGCCCCUCCUUUGGUGGGAUAUAAUUGUGGAUUUUAUGAUUUUAUAAUUGCAAUUCUAGCUUUCUGCCAAGUGAUAGGUGAUAUUGAAAUGCUUCAGGGCGAAGGGUUUUGAAGCUUCAGCUGUCCAUAUAUUGAAUUGUAAACGUAGAGGAUUGACAAAUAAAGAAGCACGCAGAGCCACCUGGAACAAGCAAACUGGUUGCCAACCUUGCAAGACUUCGAGGCAAUUGAUUUGUUGAUCAAACAAAAAUACGCAGAUAAAUACGUUAUGGUUCUUUACAGCUGCAACACAAGACAAAUCAGGGAACUGCCAUUCAAGGCGGGCCACAAGAAACGGAGAAAAACGAAUGAUGAUUGCUUGUGGGACGAGAACUGUUUACUAUGCACGGAAACUAUCCUCCUAACCGUGUAGAGAUUUGUGUAAUUUUGUUCAUUUCAAAUUUUUUGCAACGAGAGUGAAGUAGAAAAGAUAUUUUGUCUUUACAAUUAAUUAUUUAUUUUCAAUAAAAAAAUAUAAACAUUAAGAUUUGAA